AUGCACCCUGCUCGACAAGACUCGAUUCUGGACGCGCCGCUCAAAAACGUUGAUCGCCACAUCGUUGAUGAUGCGAAGGUACAGGGCGAGAAAGAGGAGGGAUCAUGCCUUGCCGAGUACUAUCGAGCUGUUGAAAAUACCUACAAGCAUCAUUGGUGGCAGAUUUGGAAGCCUAAACAUCCACCCCCACCCCCAGUCACCGAUAUCGAUGAUGCGCCAGACAUUCCAGUAGCCCAUGCUUCUUUCUUCUCAAAGCUAUUCUUCACCUGGAUUACACCUGUAAUGGUUAUUGGAUGGCAGCGGGCACUACAGAUUGGAGACUUAUGGAAGAUGGACGAAAGCAGGAAGUCCCUGUUGAUGGCUUCUAAGCUGGCGGACGCUUGGGAAGCUCGCGUCAAAUCCGCCAAUGAAUUUAACGCCAAGAUCGAUGCAGGAAUCAGGUGCCCUGGAUGUCUACGACGGUUUUGGUGGAGAAUCCGGCAUACAAAUAACGAUGAAAAACUUAGGGAAGUGCAAGGAGUCUGGGCUCAAAAGGCUAGAAAGUCCCCCAGCCUUGCUUUGUCUUUGAAUGACGUGUUCGGCCGACAGUUUUGGAUAUCUGGGCUAUUUAAGAUUGUUGGUGAUGUGGCUCAGCUAUGCGGGCCUCUAAUUUCCAAGUCCAUCAUCAAAUUUUCCCAAGAAAAGCACUUAUUCAAGAUGGCAGGUGCCCCCGGCCCAUCUAUAUGGCGGGGUAUUGCAGCCGCCAUGGGCCUCUUCGUCGUAACUAUCACUCAAUCCUUAUGCCAACAUCAAUGGUUCUGGCGUUCUAUGUCUACUGGUGUGAUGGCUCGAGCGGCUCUCAUCAGCUCAAUGUACACACGUGCUUUGACGUUCACUCCUCAAGCCCAGAAAGUUCACACGAAUGCGGCCCUAGUUAAUCACCUGAGUACAGAUAUCAGCCGUAUCGAUUACUUGUUCCAGUGGGCUCACCCGGCAUGGACAGCGCCUGUCCAGGUCAUCGUAUGCCUUAUUAUUCUUUGUGUGCAGUUGGGACCUUCUGCGUUGGCUGGGUUCUCGAUUUUUCUUUUGUUGACUCCGGUUCAGGGGAGGGCUAUGACCAUCCAACUCAGGAGAAGGCGUCAUUCAAUGAAAUAUACAGACCAGCGCGCUGGACUCCUUCAGGAAGUUUUAGCUUCCAUGCGGAUCACCAAGCUCUUCACGUACGAGAAGCCGUUCUUAGAACGUAUUCGGUCGAUUCGAGAGAUGGAGCUCAAGGGAAUCCGGGCUUUAACAAUGAUGCGGGCAGCAACUCAAGCAGUGGCCUGGUCUGUUCCUUCUCUCGCCGCUGUCGUUGCAUUCAUCGUCUACACUCUGUCAGGCCAUUCAAUGGACCCCGCUAUUGUUUUUACUUCGCUCUCUUUAUUUAAUCUCCUCCGGCAGCCUCUGAUGUUCUUGCCGCGAUCUCUUGCAGCUAUUACUGACGGCAGGAAUGCCCUUACUCGAUUAGAAGCGGUUUUCAGAGCGGACACACUGGGGGACGUGGAGAAUGCUGAACACGGGGACCCAAAAGUGGAAGGGAAACCAGACGCCUUGCGGAUUCUCAACGCUGACUUCAAGUGGGAGUCUGGACGCGCAAAGGUAAAGAGCUCAAAGGAUAUCUACUCUGCGCGAUCAGCACCGGAGCAACCGGAGCAACCGGAGCAACCGGAGCAACCGGGUGAACCUUUUGGUCUGUACGAUAUUGAUUUAUCGAUCCCCAAAGGAGGUAGUGUCUAUGCCAUUAUUGGCCCCGUUGGUUCGGGGAAAUCCAGUUUGAUGCAGGGGCUCAUCGGGGAGAUGCGUCUGACGAAGGGUAGCAUUUCCUUAGGCGGUACUCUUGCUUAUGCUGCCCAAGUCCCUUGGAUUCAGAACGCCACAUUCCGAGAUAACGUUACAUUUGGGAGAGAAUUUGACGAGGGAAAGUAUUGGAAAAUAAUCAACGAUGCCGCGUUACUCCCCGAUCUUUUGGUGCUUCCCGAUGGAGAUUUGACAGAAAUCGGAGAGAAGGGCAUUAACCUCUCUGGUGGACAGAAAGCACGCGUCAGUUUAGCUCGCGCUCUUUACCGUGAAGCCGAUAUUGUGGUGUUGGACGACCCAUUCUCCGCUGUGGAUGCUCAAGUCGGUGAACAUCUCUUUAACGAUGCCAUCUUAGGCCUGAAGGCGAACGGCAAGACCGUCAUCUUGGUGACGCAUGCACUUCAUUUCCUCCCUCGAGCGGAUCACAUCUUUCGCAUGAGCGAAGGAAGAAUCCUGGAAAGUGGCACCUACAGCGAACUAGUGCAAUCCAAUGAUGCACUUGUUCGUGAUUUAGGGAAAGAGAAACCCAAACCUAAGCAGUUUGAUGAAGAGGGAAGUGAAGACGUCGACCCCUACCCAGAGCCUCGGGUGGACCCGGGGAAGCGCGACGUAAGUGCGACCCGUGCAAGGGGAAAAAAGCGUGGGUUUUUAAUCACUGCCGAGUUGAGGAAAACAGGCUCUAUCUCCUGGAAAGUCUAUGCUGCUUACAUUGAUGCUGGCGGAGGGGUUUUGGUUGUGUUUCUAAUUAUCCUUAGCGCCUUGUUGAUGCAAGGCUGUCAGCUCCUCGCAAGCUACUGGCUAGUAUGGUGGCAGGAAAACAAGUUUAGGAAGCGUCCCGGCUUUUAUAUGGGUGUUUACGCCGGGCUUGGAGCUGGCCAAGCGAUGGCUACGUUUCUCCUUGGUGGAUCGAUAGGUUUGCUUUCCUACUAUGCUUCGGCGAGGAUGCAUGCUCGUAGCCUGAAAACCAUCUUCCAUGCGCCAAUGGCUUUUUUUGACACCACCCCGCUUGGGCGUUUGCUUUCUGUGUUUGGAAAAGAUAUGGACAUUAUUGAUAACACUCUUUCGGGUACCGAUAAAUGCCUUUUUUUCACUCUGGCACUGAGCUCCCUUGUCGGGUCUACUAUCCUCAUCGCCACCCUUGAACAUUGGUUUUUGCUCAUCGUUACCUUCAUAUCGUGCCUCUAUUAUGCAUUAUCGCGAUUUUAUACGGCAAGUUCGCGAGAAAUGAAGCGGUUAGACGCAAUCCUUCGAUCUUCAUUAUACUCCCAAUUUUCGGAGUCCCUGUGUGGUGUGGGCACCAUAAGAGCGUAUGGCGAGACCCCUCGCUUCAUCAGAGAAAACGCUCGUUUGAUCGAUCACGAGAACGCUGCGCUGUUUCUCACUAUUACGAAUCAACGGUGGCUCAGCGUUAGACUGGACACCCUGGGAGGCGCUAUGACUUUCUUAGUAGCUCUAAUGUCUGUUUUAGGAGUCAAUGGGGUCUCUCCUGCGCAGAUUGGAAUCGUACUCACUUACAUUGCGCAAAUUACACAAAUCCUGGGUGCUCUGAUGCGUCAAACGACGGAAGUCGAGAACAAUAUGAAUGCAGUUGAGCGUGUCCACCAAUACGGUGAUCCGGAAAUUACUCCUCAGGAAGCGCCGUACGAAUUUCCCGAGGCAGUUCCUCAGGCUGAUUGGCCGAAAUAUGGGGCGAUUUCAUUCAAUACCGUCGCCAUGAGGUACCGGCCAGAGCUGCCAUUGGUUCUGAAGGGGGUCGAUUUAGAAGUCAAGGGAGGUGAAAAGGUCGGGAUUGUUGGACGGACAGGAGCCGGGAAGACAUCCCUCACCGCAGUCCUAUUCCGUCUCACUGAAUUGUCUUCGGGGUCAAUCCUGAUUGAUGGUCUUGAUAUAUCGCGGAUGGGUCUCCGUGACUUGCGUAGCCGCAUUUCCAUCAUUCCUCAGGAGCCGCUAAUUUUCAGUGGCACGAUUCGGACAAACUUGGAUCCAUUUUCCGAUCAUGACGAUGCUUACCUCCAUGAUGCCCUCAGACGAUCUCAUCUCUUAGACGCAACUAGUAAGGAAUAUUUGGAAGGUGACAGUCCAACAUCUCGAUAUUCUUUGGACACUGCAGUCGAUGUCGAGGGUGCCAAUCUGAGCGUUGGCGAACGGUCCUUGUUGAGCCUCGCUCGAGCGUUGUGUAAAGAUAGUCAGGUGGUCGUCAUGGACGAAGCAACUGCAAGUGUGGACUUGGGAACGGAUGCGAAAAUACAAGAUACCGUGAUGCAGGAGUUCCACCACAAAACGAUAUUGUGCAUUGCUCAUCGAUUGCGGACUAUUAUUGGUUAUGAUAAAAUCCUUGUACUGGACAAGGGCGAAGUAGCUGAAUUUGGCAUGCCUCUCGAGCUAUUUGAUCAAGGGGGAUUAUUCGCACAAAUGUGUCAUCGGAGUCGUAUCGACCGCAAUGAAGUUUUACGUGCAUCAUCCUCGGGCUGCAGUGUAGCGACCGCCCGCAGGUCUCGAGCCGCAGGAUCGUGA